AUGAAAACCAUCGGAAUCUCCAUCCCAACCAUUGAAGGUGGGGUCAUCGCCCACCAAGAAAUCGGACGAGAAGCAGCACGGCGGGGCAUUGCCUACCCUCAAAUUGUCACCCACACCCCUCUGUACGGAGACCUGGAACGAGCACUCAAAUCAGGUGACAACCAGGCCCUGGCAGCAUCGCUCGCUGCCUCGAUCAACCGCACGGCCAAAGCUGGCGCGGAGUUUGCCAUCAUCAGUGCCAACACUCCACACAUUGCUUUUGAUGACAUCGUGGCCCAGUCAAACAUCCCUGUUCUCAGUAUCCUUGAAGUCGCUGCAAAUCACUGCAAAAAACAAGGCUACAAGAGGGUUGGUGUUCUAGGCACAAACUGGACCAUCAAAAACGGUCUCUAUGAUGGACCGCUGCAAAAGAGGGACAUGGCUGCGAUCUAUGUAUCUGACACUGAUCAGGAAAUCGUCAUGAAUGCAAUUGUGAACGAGUUGGUUAGUGGACUCUUACUGGAAAACACGACAAGCGAGUUGGUGCGCAUUGCGAAGGAGCUUGCUACACGGUGCGAUGGUAUUAUCCUUGGCUGUACCGAGUUGCCGCUUGUUCUGACGGAACAAAACUGUGGCAUCGAAGUUGUCGAUACUACACGGCUUCUCUCUCAUGCGGCUCUCGAUUUUGCGACUAAAGAGUGA